AUGUCUGCAGACACUUUGGUAGGAAUAGAAUACAACAGAGUCACUAACACGACAUCCACAGACUUCCCAGGUCACCAGAGUGCCAGUGGUACCGGAACUGAAGCAACUGACUUUGCCUGGGACAUUGAAAAGUUUAAAGAUCAAUUUGAAAUCAACAUCUCUCACAUCACCGAAAGAACUGCCAAUUUCGACCUUGUUCACAUUGACACCUCCAUUGCCAAUGCCUUCCGUCGUAUCAUGAUUUCCGAAGUUCCACUGGUGGCAGCUGAAACUGUUUAUGUUUUCAACAACACUUCAGUCAUUCAAGAUGAAGUCUUGGCUCAUAGAAUUGGUCUCGUUCCUUUGAAGGUUGACCCAGAUGUGUUGUCAUGGGUCGAUGCUGCCCAAGAUGAAAAGGACAAGUUCACCGACGAAAACACCGUUGUUUUAUCUCUUGAUGUCACUUGUACCAAGAACCCUCAUGCGCCAGCUGGUUCGACCAACCCAAAGGAAUUGUACAGAAAUGCUCACGUUUAUGCCAGAGAUUUGAAAUUCGAACCUCAAGGUCGUCAAGCUGAAAUGUUUGCCAAGAACCCAGUCGUUGCCUCUGAUCCAGAUAUUUUGUUGGCCAAGUUACGUCCAGGUCAAGAAAUCUCCUUGAGAGCUCACUGUGUUUUGGGUGUUGGUAGUGAUCACGCCAAGUUCUCACCAGUUGCCACCGCUUCUUAUAGAUUAUUGCCAGUUAUUGACAUCAAGGAACCAAUCGUCGGAGAACUGGCUAUUAGAUUCCAAAAAUGUUUCCCACUGGGAGUCAUUGACAUUAAGGAAGGUAGAGCUUAUGUGAAGGAUGCUAGAAAGGAUACUGUUUCACGUGAAGUUUUGAGACACGAAGAAUUCGAUGGUAAGGUUAAGCUUGGAAGAAGAAGAGAUCAUUUCAUUUUCAAUGUUGAAUCCACUGGUGCCAUGUCUCCUGAAGAAAUCUUUUUCAAGAGUGUAAGGGUAUUGAGAAACAAGGCUGAAUACUUGAGAAACUGUCCAAUUGGACAAUAA